AUGGGUGGCCGAGGUGCUGAUGGAGGACCUGAACGCCCUCAAGGAGGAAAAGACGGCCACUUCCACGAGCUCCUUCGGGACGGUGUACUGUUGUGCCGACUCAUGCUGUCACUAAAAAUGGGCUCGGUGCCGCGGUACUACGAGGGCAAGGACCUCAACCAAGCCUACCGACGGAAGGAAAACAUCGGCUUCUUUUUGGCGGCCUGUGAAGAGUGUGGCAUCCCGCCAACCAAACGUUUUGCUUUGAGCGACCUGGACCGGCACGGAAACAGUGCCCGAGUGAUGGAGUGUAUAGAGGCGAUUGCCGAGACGGCGGACAAGGAAUGGAAUUUCUACUUCAAGCUCAAGCCCAAGGAGGAGAUGUACAAGCGGAACAUCACCUUUGACGAGGGCGACCGAAAGCGGGCCGAGAUCCUCCUCGCCCGCUUCGCCUACCGCAACACCACAGCCAGCACCGCCUCCAAGGAGAAGGCCCUCGCCCAAGACGACGCUCCGGCGAGCGGGGUGAUGGCCAACGAAAAGGUGGUCCGGGGUGUGGUGUUGCUGCAGGCAUUGGUUCGCGGCGGCCGCGCACGGAAGGCCUACAUCAAACGAGUGCGAGACGUGGCCUACCGGGAGAACGUGGCGCGAGAGAUUUUGCAGACGGAGAAGGACUACGUCAACAACCUCAUGCUCCUCAUGAGCGUGUUCAUCAACCCCAUCAAGGAGAGCCUCACCGACAACGUCUGGAAACCCAAAAACGGAUCCAAGCUCGGCGAGGUGACGUUGAAGGAGGUAAAGUCACUGUACAACGAUCUGCAGGUGAUCGUGAACUACAACGGCAAAUUGCUGCGCGACCUCACACCACGCGUCGAGAAGUGGACGCCACACCAAAAGCUCGGCGACAUCUUCCUCCAGCUCGGCCUGUUCUUGAAGGUCUACACACAAUACGUGAAGGACUAUGACCGAGCACGAAGUGAGUUGGCCCACGCCCGCAAGAACUCGCUGGAGUUCGGUGCCUACAUCACGGACCUGGAGAAGUCGAACGGGGCCAAGCUGGAGAACAAGGACAUCUUCGCGUACCUCAUCAUGCCCGUACAGAGGAUCCCCCGAUACCAGCUCCUCCUCAGGGACCUCCUCAAGCACACCGAAAAGGACCACAACGACUUCGAAUCCCUCCAAAAGGCCGAGGAGUCGGAGCAUGUACAUUUGGUCUCGACCAUCCAAUCCCGCUUCAGCAACAGAGCAGAGAACUUGGUGGUGCCUGGGCGCAAGUUUGUGCGACAGGGCACGCUCAUCGUGUGGUCCGUCAAACAGAAGAAGCGACAGCCCAACCAAGUCUUCCUCUUCUCCGACCUCCUCGUCGUGGCCAAGAGCACUGGCAGCGGAUUGGCGGCGCUGAAGCGGAAAAAGCCAAUGGCCGCAGAGAAGGACCUCAAGUUCCGUGCCUCGUUCCAACUCAAAUACCUCGUCCCGCGAUCCAUACCCGACGACCCCAAGAACAAGCACAGCUUCGGGUUGGACACUGAGUUCGGUGAGUCGCUGAUCCGCUUCUUUGCCGAGAGCGAACUGGAGAAGACCGAGUGGGUCAACGAGCUCACCACCAUCAAGAAGAAGAUGGACGGCGACCGAGCCGCCCGAGAAGAUCUGAUCAACAGCUUGACGCGAAAGAAGGGCGGCAUGCAGGGACGAGAGUUGAAGCGCGCCAUCUCCACCAUCGAGCUGAACCAGGCCGCCAACGAAUUGCUGGGCUCGCCUCAGAUCGCGGCGCUCCGAGCGGCCGCCCUUCGCCCUCGUGGCCAGUCCCUCACCAACGACGUGCCCAAGCGAGCCGCCGUCUACGUGCCGGCCGGGCAGAAGAGCAGCCCGAUCGGCGGCCCGGCGUCGGCGCCCAACAGCCCCUACACCUCCUCCCUCAGCUUCCCCGCUGUCGACAACGGCGGCUGCCAGCCCCGAUUCCGCACCACCUCCUGCCGCACUCUGCCCAAGAUGGCCGAGCGCCCCGAAGGCCUUGAAAGUUCGUUGAAGACUACGACCGUCGUGCCGUCGUCGCCCCGCAAGAAGUCCAAGAGCAAAUCGAAGGAGGCCCUGCCCGCCGCAGCCAACGAAGAAAAAGACGGCGCGGCCGACAAUGACGACACCUCCUCCGCGCAGUGA